CCUGGUCCCUGCCCGUGGUACCGUACUUCAGUAUUUAAUUGUUUGAUUGCGCGCAUUGUCUAUUUUCUUAUUUUUUUUAGACUUGUGUUUUUUUAGACUCCAGUCUCCGGACUCCAGAGUAUAGUGAAAGCCUGAAAGGGCUAUUUUAGUACGUGUAUUUAGAUGCCAAUAUAUCGUGAAAGUACCAUUUUUUCGUAUUCAAGUACCGUAUUUCCGUUUGGUGCUAGUUGGAUACAGGACUGUGAACGCGUCCGUGCGUUCCAUAGAUUUUCAUGGUCGAUUUUCAUUUCGGUUCCAACACUUCGCAGUUCGGAAUUUCAACCGGAAUUCGCUAGCAUUGCACAAUUGUACCUUUACAACUUGCGGUAUUAAUUAAUGUAACAAUAAGAGUUGUAAGACAGUAGUCCACGUAGUACUUCAAACGGCUGAAAAUUUACUAUGGAAUUGGAGUUCGUUGUGGAAGACUCAUCCCCAUCAAAACUGGAUAUGUCUAAAUGUGUCCAUUUCAUGCCUUGUGGAAUUGCACACAACGGACCUGCUGAUGUCUCGCAUUAUUUUGUUACAACUGUGCGCGGGAAUCCGCCAACCACCGAGGGCUCUGAAAGUGUGGAAAAAUGCAUCUCGAAGACAACUGACGGUAUCAAACAAACCGUCCACUUGACCAGCUCCUUUCGCGGGAGACCACUUAAUGGGUGCGAGAUGCAGGUUCCUACUGGUUACAAAGGCGCAGUCAUAGAGGAGUUCGACUCAGCCAACGCUUACUGCCCCGCUGUUGCCCAAUCGCUGCGCCCUGCUGAGGCGGCGGCGAAGGAAGCUAACUGCAAAUGGAAAGUGGUUGGCGAUUUCCGCACCUUGACUUACUGGAACUGGGACAGAGCAGCGAAUGAUAAAGACAGUGUGCAAGCAUUGUUUCAAUGGAUCCGUAUCGCAAAUGAUAUGCGGAACUCUGCGCGAAAUGACAUGGAAAGUGUGGACUGUUCCGGGGAUUCGGACACCGAAAGUUGACCAUAAAGAUAGCGGCGGUGGACCAACUACCCAUUUUUCAGUACCAUGUUUUUCGUAACAGUUUGUAGCUUGCUUGCUGUGAUGGAGGUUUUGCUAUUGCUCCACAACGCGUAAAUCCUUAGAGUGUUUGACUAAAGUCUCGACAUGGUAAUCGAGCUGAUCUGUUAAAUCCCGUAUCUUAGUCUUUGACUCUUUAUUGAUGUCGAACCGCAGUGAGAUCUCGCCAAAAACGUCGCUUGUGUGCUCCUGUCAUGAACAAAAUAGUAUAAAUGUUUCAAGAUCGAGAAGAAUAGCCCGGGU